GAAGUGGUUCAAUUCCUGAAUUUUUCCAGCUUAUGAAACGACAGUUUACUGAGGAGGAGUGGCGAGUUAUCAAGUCCAUGAAGAAUGAAUGGCUUCAGUUGGAUAUGUUUCAUAGGCACUGGGCAUUAAAAGAGAGCUUCAUAAAAGCCAUUGGCGUUGGAAUAGGAUUUGACCUUCAAAGGAUUGAAUUUAAUGUGUCCCCAGUGGAGCUGGAAGUGGGGAAAACAUACAAUGAAACUAUUAUAUUCUUGGAUGGUGAAGAAGAAAAGGAGUGGACAUUUGAGGAGACCCGAUUAGAUGAUUUCCACUAUAUUGCAGUUGCUCUUGGAAAAUCAGGAGAGUUUGGCAAGAACCAUUCUGGGGUCAUUCCCACCAAUAAGACUGCAUUUACAAUAUUGACUUUCAAUGAUUUAGUCACCUCUGCUAUUCCUCUUGCACCCGAAGACCCUGCCUGCUGGGAAAGCUUUUGUUCGAGACAGGAAAUGCCAGCAAGACAGAGCUGUAAUCCAAGAUGAGAGAGGCUGGAUUUACUGAAAAAGAAAUUGAAAGCCUUCAGAGUCUGCAAAUUGUUAUUUUACCAACAGCUAAUUGGUAAAGGGGGGGAGGGAGAGAGUAUUUGGGGGAAAGAAACUUUUUUUUAUUGUUUUGCUUGCUGUGUAUACUUUGUAAAUAAUUCUCCUAUUUCAUACCCCCUCAGAUUUGAUUUAACUGUUCUUUGGCUUAGUUUGUAUAAGUGGCUGGUUCUUCGUUCUCUGCAAUGCAAGAAUUGGUAUAUUCCUAUUUUCUCCUAGGCAUGUAUCAGUUUUCUCUGUGGAAUGACCUGUGUAAUUGCAUGAGAUGUAGAGGAUAAGGGUAUAUGUCCACUUCUUCAUCAAAGAAAUAUGCUGAUAUGGUAUUACAUGAUGAAUUUUCUUGCUGUUCCUACAUUAAUUCAUAUAUAUUCAGAUGCACCACCCCACCAAAUAAUGGACAUGAAUGGAAAAAGAAAAGUACAAGGUCACAUUAAUGACUUCCACCCAAAAAUAAGUGGUCUCUGGUGGCCGUACCGUGCUGAAAAGGGAUAAUGAUGGUGUUCUGUAAUAUUAAGGGAAAGACUUUAUGCAAGCCUGUCUAUAUAAAUUACAGAGUUGCCAAGAUUGACAUAUCUAAUAAAUGUGGAUGUGAGAAAGGAAAUAGAAACAGCUGCUUUUGGGCUUUGUACUUCCAGGCAAUGACCAGAAGUAAUGAAAAGAAACUCCUGCAUAACAGGUGUGGUUUAAUAUACCUCCUAGUCGUAACAGCAGAUGGUUGUCGUGAGUUUUAUACCCUCUACUUCCUGGAGUAUUUAUUUUUAAAAACUGAAUGUGCAUCUGUAUGUGAAAGCUAUGGUCUAAAUCUAGGAAAUGAUCUUGUUCCCUGGAUUGCAGUGGAGUCAUAGAAAUGUUCAAGACUGUGCCCAGAAUGGGUGGGAGUUCAUCCAGGAAAAGAAUCUAGAGUUUCUUGUAAAGGUAGUCUAAGUACAUGGAGUGUCCAGACCUGAGCCAAGUUUAGUCUCCAAAAAAGAAUUAAAGGACAAGGGGUAUGAAAAAUCUGUUAUUGAGAAUUUGAAAAGCGAUUGCCAGUCAGAGUAGGCAUUAUGGGAGUAGAUCCUGUGUCCCCAGUGUGGCACUUCUAGACAUCAAUGUAUUCCAUGAUACAUCUUUUGGUGUUUGUCAGGUUCAAUACCCCCCCCCCUUUUUUUUAAGAUUCUUCUAGUUA